AUGGCAAAACUGGCCGGUUUUGUGUACAUGCUACUACUGUUGACUGCCCAGCCGUUGGUUGUGCAAGGCUUUUGGUACGAGCUUGUGGGGGCUGCAGCUGGGGUUGCCCUUGUGACUGUGGGAGCUCCAGUAAUUCUUGGCGCUGCUGGAUUUAGUGCUGGUGGUAUCGUUGGCGGUUCACUGGCUGCCAAGCUGAUGUCUGCCAAGGUGGGCAUGGGAGUAGUUUCCGUUCUGCAGUCGACAGGGGCAGCGGGACUUGGAUACUCUACCAUUGUUGCAGGUGGUGUAGCAGGGGCCGGAGCGGGCCAUUAUGCCGGCAGCCACGCUGGCAGAAAUAAAGAUGAGAACUAA